AUGAAAGAUUUGGCACCACCUCAACCAAGCUUACGGCCCUCCAACCCGGAUGCGGAGGAUGGUCGCGUUGCCAAAGAGAUACGCCGUUGCCUCGAGCUCGUACAAACCUGCCACCAGGACCUCCAGCACCUCAUAGACCUUCGCAACGAGCACCUCAAACUCCUCGAGGCCGCGCCUCCGCGGAUCCUCGACAGGAUCAACCGCGUCAUUGACUCGGCGAAAAUCGAUUUCCGCGGCCAGGAGCCCGUCAUUAUUCGCCACAACGCCGCCGUGUUGGCCGAGUUGAAUUACUUGCGCCAAAUCACAACAUGCACGCUGCUGGAUAAUAUCCCGACAACAAAGGAGGACCCUGAUAUUGCGCCUUUACGCAUCAGUCAGGGAACUAAUAAGAAGGAAAACAAAGCGUCCGCAAGUGUUCCAGCCAUCACCGUGUCACCGAUGCCAAUCUCACGAGCUACGACGCCCAAGGUAAUUGAAUACUGCGACUUGCCUGAGCCUGUCUUUCCGAAUGCGCUCCCGGGAGCGACACCGGACAAGGAGACAUUAGUCCUCGCAGUCCAACCACCGUCUGCUCAUCUGCCGACUAUACUUGGCGAAGAUCCUAGUCCUCAUCGCGUCGUCCUAGGCCCUAGCGACGAUCGGGGACUAUUGCUUCUGUUCGAGGACUAG